AUGCCCAAAAUGAACACCAAAAUCAUAAUCCUCUUCCUCUUGCUCACUCUGUUCAUUCCCCACCUCUGUUUUUCUGUACAAACAGACACUCUCACACCCAACACAACCCUCCGAGACCCCGACUCGAUUGUCUCCAGCCGCAACAUCUUCAAGCUCGGCUUCUUCACACCCGAAAACACCACUAACCGUUACUUAGCCGUCUUCUACACCUUCUCCCCACAAACCGCCGUCUGGGUCGCGAACCGCGACCGGCCCCUCAACGACACCUCCGGCUCCCUCACCUUCUCCGAAAACGGCAACCUCGUUCUUCUUGACUCCCGAGGUCAAACUGUAUGGACAACGAACGUCACCUCCCGAGCCAACACCACCCUUCGCAUUCUCGACAACGGAAACCUCGUCCUCCGGGAAGAAGCCUCCACCCUAUGGGAAUCCUUCUCCCGACCAACCGACGUCUUCCUCCCCACCAUGAGAAUAGUCGACGACCCGAGCACGGGCCACAAGGUUGUCGUCUCGUCUUGGAAGAACGAGUCGGACCCGGGAACGGGCCUCUUCACCGCGGGCCUCGAGGCCCGGCCCGUACCCCAGAUCGUGACGUGGAGGAAAGACGGGCGGCCCUACUGGCGGAGCGGGCCGUGGAAUGGGCAGAUACUUAUCGGGGUUCGGGACAUGUACUCGCCGUACCUCGAUGGGUUCAGCGUGGUGCAGGGCAGCGGGGGAGGAGUCUAUUUCACGGCCCCGGAGGCUCGGUUUUUCAUGAGGAUCACGUUGGAAUCGUCCGGGAGGCUCGUGCAGACGCUGUGGAACGACGGGACUGGGAGAUGGGACGUGACGUGGGCGGCCCCACAGAACGAGUGUGACGUGUACGGGGCGUGUGGGCCCCACGGGAGCUGCGACUCGAGGGGUUCGCCUGUUUGUUCUUGUCUGAGAGGGUUCGAGCCGGCGAAUGCGGACGAGUGGGCGCGCGGGAAUUUUACAGGAGGGUGUCGGAGGAGAAUGGCGUUAGCGUGUAGUAAUGCAGGGCAAGAUGGUUUCUUGAGGUUGCGGUUUAUGAAGGUGCCGGAUUUUGUCGAGCUGUUUCCUUCCCGGGACGAGGACGAUUGCAGGAGGAGGUGUUUGGCGAACUGCACGUGCGUUGCGUACGCGCACGAUUCGAAUAUCGGAUGCAUGUUUUGGAGGGACAGUUUGAUCGAUGUGCAGGUGUUCAAUGGUGUUGGUUCCGAUCUAUACAUUCGCCUGCCGGCUUCGGAAUUAGGUACGUCUUUUAUUUGCUUUGUCGUAAAUAAGGCUAUUGUUGGUAAUGAUCGAUACAUAACCGAGCAUGAUGGGUACCGAUCUUGCAUUUCACGUAUUUCAGGGGAGAAAACGAGAAGCGUCAAAAGGGUAUUCGGGUCCGGGCGUAAAUAUGCAGCCGAUUCGACGAAACUUAUACUCAAGGAUGAAUUAGAGAAAGUCAACAUUGAGGAGCUGCCGUUGUUCACUUUCGACACUCUUGCAACUGCAACCGAUGGGUUUAACGAUAACAAUCUACUCGGGAAGGGUGGUUUUGGUCCUGUUUACAAGGGAAGUUUGGUGAAUGGUAAAGAAAUUGCUGUGAAGAGACUCUCGGCAGCAUCUGGACAGGGGAUGGAAGAAUUCAUGAAUGAAGUGAUUGUGAUCUCAAAGCUUCAGCACAGAAACCUCGUGCGGUUGUUAGGUUGCUGUGCGGAAAGAGAAGAGAAGAUGCUCGUUUAUGAAUACAUGCCGAAUAAAAGCUUGGAUUUUUGUCUCUUCGAUCCUACGCAUGCGUCUCGAAAGGUUUUAGAUUGGAAGAAGCGUUUUAGUAUUAUGGAAGGUAUCGGGAGGGGACUCUUAUAUCUCCAUAGAGACUCUAGGCUUAAGAUAAUCCAUCGGGACCUAAAACCGAGCAAUGUGUUGCUCGACGAGGAAUGGAACCCGAAAAUAUCAGAUUUUGGCAUGGCUAGAAUAUUCGGAGGCAAUCAAGAUCAUGGAAAUACUGCAAGAGUAGUCGGAACAUAUGGAUAUAUGGCGCCUGAAUACGCAAUGGAAGGCCGAUUUUCAGAAAAAUCGGAUGUCUAUAGCUAUGGCGUGCUCAUGCUAGAGAUCAUAAAAGGGAAAAAGAACACGAGUUAUUACAAUGGAGAAUGGUCUUUGAGCCUUAUAGGAACCGCGUGGAAAAUGUGGAACGAACAAAAUGGCUUGGCAUUUGUGGACGACAUGAUAGCCAGCUCCGAUUUGGGGUCGGAUAUUGUGAGGUGCAUUCAGAUUGCGCUCUUGUGCGUGCAAGAAUUUCCUGUGGAUAGGCCCACAAUACAAACUGUGAUCUCCAUGCUCAAGCAUGAGAUCGUGGACCUGCCGGUGCCCGAGCAGCCUGUCUUUGCCGAGAAAUGGCACGACCACGCCAUAGCGGCCUCGUCAGUCGUCAAUCACCCACCUCUAUCACUGUCCGGUCCCUAUUUCUCGCCCCUCUCAGUUUCUAGCCCGCUACCGUCGCCGGCCUGCUCCGUGUCUGUCCCGUCCCUAUCUCUCGUCCUCCUCCGUCGUCGGACCAACUCCGUCGAAGCUUUCAAUGGUCGUCGGAGCUCCGGGCAUGGAGUGGUCGAGCAGCCGUGUGCGUCAAUGGCGGGUUUCGGCAGCAGCUUUUCGGACGUGGUUAGAAACUCCUUGUGGUUCUCCGUCGUCUCAGGCAUCUCCCGGAUGGUCGAGAAGCGGCCGUAA